AUGUCGGGUCAAGACAAAACAUCAAAUUCUUCUACGACCUCAUUAACUUCCAGUACCGCAAAUACGCUAACCUCGGCUUUUAAUUCUACAACUUCGGCGUUUACCUCAACGAUUUCUUCAUUAUCAAGUGUUUUACCUACUUCCACUUUCACCUCCUCUCAGCCAAAUACACAACUGCAAUCUCAACAACGACAAGAGUCACCUUCCUCGUCAACAAGAGCUCGUAAAUCAACAAUACCUUCUGCCCAUUCUGAAAUAAGAAGACAAUCUUCAUUUACUAGUGAUAGUAGCGGAAAUAAACCUUCUCAUAACGUUAAUAAAUUAACUGAAGAAAUGUUUAGCAAAGUUGCUACGACAGAAGAUUAUAAAUUAUUAGAAACAAUGAAUAAAGUUACCAGAGAUAGAUAUAAGGAAAUGUCUGGAAUGGCACAAAAUUUAGUAGUGGAAAUGUCUAAAUUACAAAGGAUUUAUUCAGAUUUUGAACCUUACGUUCAACAAAUUGAUGAAAUUUGUGAACAAGUGGAUUUUUUGGAAAAGGUUUCUGUAGAGUUAGAUGAAUAUUCAAAAGAAUUAGAAUCGCGUUUAAAAAAAUUAAAAUGA